AGGUUGUUGUGCUCAUACAUGGUUUUGCUGCGAUAAUUUCGGAGAUAUUUCGCAGAAAUGGCCGAUGAGGUUCUGUUUGAAUUUCUCCACAUGGAGAUCGUUUCACACGUUUACAAGGAGCAGCAAACCAAUAAAGGGGAAAUGGACAGCAAGGAAAGGGGUCAGUGUAUAUCUGUUCUGGAGAACAUGGGCUUCAGAGUUGGACAAGGAAUUAUUGAAAGGCUGACCCGAGACUCUCCCAGCUUUAAAGAUGAGCUUGACAUCAUGAAGUUUAUCUGUAAAGAUUUCUGGACAAAGGUAUUCAGGAGGCAGGUUGACAACCUCAGAACUAACCACCAGGGCACUUAUGUACUUCAGGACAACAAAUUUUCUUUAUUGACUCAGUUAUCCAAUGGGAAACAGUACCUUGACCAAGCACCAAAGUACCUAGCUUUUUCAUGCGGAAUAGUGAGAGGAGCUCUGUCUAACCUUGGAUUGGAAAGUGUUGUAACAGCUGAAGUGUCUAUAAUGCCAUCAUGUAAAUUCCAGGUUGUGAUCCAGAAGUUAUGAUUGUUUUUUCUUUUCUUUUUUUUUAUCAUACUGUAUAACAUAAUUUGUUUUGUACACAUUUGGUUAGUUUCAAGAUCGGAAGAAAAUGUAUUUAUCAAAUCCAUAAAUCUACAUACACUAUAUUAUAUAGUGCAAAACAGGAUCUUGGAAUGUGCAUUCCCUGAUGUUUACAUGAUGGCUUGUUGUUUGAAACAAGUACAAAGAAAUGAUAACUAAUCCGAAUUAUGUAGUGGAUACAUGUUCUUAAAACACUCUACAUUUAACCCCAGUUUGUGUUAAGUGUUAAAUACAAUAUUUUAAGGACUAUUCCUUAAAUCCAUAUUAUUACAAGGUAGCAUUAUUUUGUUUUUGUAUAUUCCAUACUGCUUUUAAAAAUCUCAAUCAGAUUACAUGCAGCCAGUCAUGAAGAUGUAUGUGUUAAGUAUUUAUUAAACAAAGUCAAUUAAAAGAAUGGAAUGGUUGUUGUAUUUGGUGCAGGUCUUGUUCACAUAAUUCUGUAGAUGCCUUUUGGCACCACUAGAGGGACACAUGUUACAGUCUGGUACAUUUCCCGUUCUGCCUCAGUGCAUCCAAACUUUGUUCUGGGAUCCAAAAUAUCUGUGAAAGGGAAUACAGUUAAGGUUUAAAAUACUUGUCAAAUCCCACAUUGUAUUUGUUAUUUAAGGUGUUAUUCACUUUUGUUAAUGCCUCAAAUAUUAAAGUACACAAAGUGAAAUCUUUAAA